UGGAGAGCCCUUGGAAUUUGGUUGGACGAAACUACGGAGUCACACACGCUGAGAUUCAGCCAAACCUUACGUUUGUGACAAUAUUGCCAUUAGUCCCUCAUGGCCAACCCUGGAGGGUUCCUCAAGAAGGUGAUAGCCGAUAAACCUUUAGGACCCGAAAAGGCCAUUUUUGCUGUUAGAGAAGUUGUGCAGAGAGACAUCCCUAUCUGUAAAUCAAGAGGAAUGGCUUGUGUCAUUGAGGUUGGAGGGAGGAAACGGUUACUAACUUGGCACGGUGUUAUCAACGAAAACGAUCAAGCUAAGCCAAUAAAAUUGCAUCGGUCUUCUCAUGAGCUAGAAAUGUCUAAGAUCAAGGAAAAUGGAGGAUGCUCGUUUAUUUCAGUAAAAGGUCGUGAUGAUGCAUUCACUGGGAAAUGUAGCAUUCUGUACUUACAAGUUCCAGAAAGUAAGGAAAAGAUAAAAGACGUCGUUGCGUAUUCAUUUAUCGGAUGCAAAGAUAUUGUGAAAUUUACAUUCAAGUACAGUCAACAAAGCAGAAAGCACGAACUUCGUUCUUCUGACAAGAAGGGUUGUUUUUUCGAGAAAUCUGCCAUCCUUGGAUCCCCAAUCAUUACAGACAAGGGUCGUGUCAUUGGUGUUGUAGGAGAGGAUUCUAAUGGACAAUUUUGUCCUAACUUCUUAACAGAGACAGAAUUUAAUCAUGAAGAGAAGGAUGCUACUGAGGGUGGGACUUGUGAAGUCAAAGACAAAGACAGUGGCUGUGCUCUAGAUGCUCCAGAUGCCUUUGAUAAGAAAGAAAAUGAUCCUAGUGAAGGUGGGACUAGUGAAAUCAAAGUUAAGGAGUACGAAGACAGUGGCUAUGCUCUAGCAACCCCAGAUGCCACUGGUCCCAUUGGACCAAGUAACGAGAAUCUUGAAAAGCUGACAAAUGCAAUCAUUGAAAGGAAAUCUAAUCCUCCAGUACCUACAUCAGAUCAAACUGCCCGUAAGAAUCAGGAGGAAGGAUUGAGAAAAUUUGUGACUGGUCGUGAGAAGUCAUCCUCCAGUACUGAAACAGUCUCUACUUUUGAGUCUACUGGGAAAAGCGCUAUUGGACAAACCACAAAUAAUCUUACACAGUUGAAGAGUAUAAUCAGUGGCAAGAAUAAGGGAGGUCUUGAGGAGUUAAAGAAUGCUGCCUCGGAAAUGGGCUUUACAGUGUCUGAUAAUGAUAGAGGAGGAAAUUGUCUGUUCCAUGCUUUAGCAGAACAACUGGAAAUUGUUACAGGAAUUCCAAUUAAACAUGAAGAAUUAAGAAAAACCUUAGUUGGGUACCUGGCAGGAAACCCAAAAUUGGUAAGUUUCAUUUGGUAUUUACAAGUACUAUCACUUACAAGUGAUAGUGUAUUCGGUUUGUCUGGGUAAGUGUAGUCCUGAGAAGGACCGUUGUGGGUACAAUAUAGUGUUGGUAGUUCAUACAAACUGAUUGCAGUUUUGCUGUGAUGUUAAUGGCUGUAAUAUUCGUGUGGUGUAAGUCAGUCGUGAUUGUUCUGUUUCAAUCUGUUCAGGAGAACGUGACGUUGCGUUACAUGCAUGGCAUUUUUAAAAUAAGUGACAGGGAUCAAAUGUCAAGUACUUUUACUUAGUUCGAGUUUUUGCCUUGUGGAGAUCAAGUAUUCCCCAUGGAGAUUUCUUAGUCCAAAUAAAGUAAAAUGUUGAGUUUAACCACGGAUUUAUUGAGUCGUUCUCAACAAUUUUUGGCGACCCUGCCAGGACAGCAUGAGCUAGUGGAAUUUAUUGUGGUCAAGGUUUGUUAUUCGCAUCGCUUCGCAUCGUGUUUGGUUUUACGCGGGCUUUUCGCAUCAUUUAGCUUGGUGUGUGCAGGGGAUUUUGCAAUCUUGGAUGCGCUGUUGGAAUUGAACGAAGGAUUUGUCUGGAUUGAGUAAGCGGAUAACAUCGUGCUCAAAGUUUGUGGUUCACAUCGUAUUUGGAUUUUGUUAUUCGCUGUCAUCGCUUCGCAUGGUAAUUGUAUUAGAUUCUGUGUUGGAUUAUUGAGCCUCUCUAUAUGGGUAUUUCCGACGAAAUCGAAGACGCGACGAUCGCUAUUGAUGAAACGAAGAUCUCAGAGAUUGAAGCAACGAUUUAGAAAUUAUUGCGUUCAGACAAGAUAUCAGUCAGUCAGACCUAAAAGAAUUAAAUAUGAAAAUUAUCAGUUAUUUGAUCCCCAUUCAAACCUGAAAUGUGGAAAUUCGUGCACUUGAUAAAAAAAAAAUGAAAAGGUUAGAAAAGGAUCUAAAAAGGUCGUCUGGGUGCGUGAAUGUUCAUGAUUGAUCAUGAUUAGUAAAUUAUUCAGUCCGAUUGA